ACUCAAAUUAUUACUAUAAUUAAGAGGGUCGGACUGAGCGCGAUGACAGGACCCGCCGCAGAAGCGCCCGGUGGCUCAGACACUCCGGCCAAAGCUCCGAAGAAGAGGAAGAAGAAGGGCGGCCCCGCCGUCAGCGAGCUGGUGUACAGAGCCGUGGCUGCCUCCCAGGACCGCAAAGGCCUUUCUUACUACGCCAUAAAGAAGGCGCUGAGCUUCCAGGGCUACGACGUGGAGCAGUACGGCUUCCUCGUCAAACGCGCCAUUAAUAUGUUGGUGAAGAAAGGGGCUCUGAUCCAGACCAAGGGGUCCGGGGUUUCUGGGUCGUUUAAGGUACCCAAACCUGCUAAAAAGCCAAGUAGGCGUCGAAGGAACCCGCGCUGGGAGAAGUAUCCGCGGCUGAGGAAGGCCGCUGAGGCCGGAGAAGAUGCUGAAGAAGCCCGUUAAAUUCAAAAGGGAGGAAGCCUCGAAGCUCAUGUGUCCAUGCAUCUGAAGGCUCUUUUAAGAGCCACCCAAGCUUGCACCGAAGAGAGGUUUCCUCGUUAUGUUAUCUUGAAGCACCAGUGAUCUGACGGUGAAUAAAAAUAUGCACGGAUCUCAUCUUCAUCAUAGUUUCCCUCAGCUUGAUGUGUGA